AUGCUACACAAACAUAAUGGUUGACAUGUGGGAUGACCGAAUACUCACACCUCGGGGAUCGGGCAUUAUUUUAUUCACGCGGGGUCCACGCUCUAUGUAAGGAUCGGCCACCUAUUUGGUCAUCAAAAUUCGAGCACUUUGACAUUUUCCAAAUCUCAAGGCCCACCAAGCAUGCCUAGGAUAAAAAUGGGAGAAAUAUCUCUAUUCCAGCCAAAGCUCUGAACAUAGUUUGGGGCAAAGAUGGCCGCUACUGGAAACUACCAGACAAUCCUAAUAUGCCUGCAGAACUGUUGCAGGUGUCCUGGCUUGAAGUUAGCAGUUGUGUUGAUGGGAUAAAUCCUAAAAAGAAGUACGAAGUGGGGUUCAAAAUAUCGUUAAAGGUAGACGCAUUUGGUUGGAACAAGUAUCCUGUCUACAUUAUGAUGAAGAGAGGACAGGAGGGUGAAAUUUCUUGGAAAAAAGUCUCUUUGAACACCAAUAAUGGUAAUGGAAACCAACCAUUUGAGAUAUUAGGUGAGCUGAUGAAGACGGAGAAGCACAUGACUGAUACUAAGCUUUAUUUUGGUUUAUAUGAAGUGUGGAGUGGGAAGUGGAAAGGAGGCCUGCAAAUUCACGGUGCCUUUGUCAGAGAAGCAGCAUCUUAAGUGCAAAUUCCUUCUUUACAAUGAAUAAUGUAUUAUCUGCUUUAUAUUUUUGAAAGUUAUUCAAUCAGAAAAUAAGAGGCAUGAGAGAAUUAAAGUGAAGAAAAUUAUGUAUUGAUAUUCGAGAUAAGCCAGAUUUAUUUGCUGGCAGCGCUGUAUUAAUUGUAAUACAUUAGAGAUGAUUGGAGCUCAUGAUGUUUUCUUUUUGUAAUAAACUUCAUCACUUUUCCUCAUUCAA